UGAUUUCCAAGUAAUAUAUGCAAGUGGUAUCAAGGGAAAGGCCGGACUUUCACCUGAAAAUUUGGCAGAUGAUCUUGGACCUCUUUUUGAGUCUAUUAUUAGAUGCAUACCUGGGCCCCGUAUUGAGAAAGAUGGUGCACUUCAAAUGCUUGCUACAAAUAUCGAGUAUGAUGAACAUAAAGGGCGCAUUGCUAUUGGACGUUUACAUGCUGGGGCAUUGCGCAAAGGAAUGGAUGUGAAGAUAUGUACAUCUGAAGAUGAAUGCAGAUUUGCUAGAGUAAGCGAACUUUUUGUGUACGAGAAAUUCUUUAGAGUUCCAGCAGAGACAGUGGAAGCAGGUGAUAUAUGUGCUGUUUGCGGUAUUGAUGAUAUUCAGAUUGGGGAAACCAUUGCAGACAAAACUUCUGGGAAACCAUUACCCUCAAUUAAGGUGGAAGAACCUACUGUUAGAAUGUCUUUCUCGAUCAACACUUCACCUUUUGUUGGCCGUGAGGGGAAGUAUGUUACUGGUAGAAAUCUACGAGAUAGGCUGUACCGUGAGCUUGAGCGGAAUUUGGCUAUGAAAGUCGAAGAUGGUGAAACUUCAGAUACGUUCAUUGUUAGCGGGCGUGGCACUCUACAUAUCACAAUAUUAAUAGAGAACAUGCGGAGGGAAGGAUAUGAGUUCAUGGUGGGACCACCCAAAGUUAUCAAUAAAAAGGUCGGCGACAAGUUGCUGGAACCAUAUGAGAUUGCUACUGUUGAGGUACCCGAAGAAUACACGGGGCCUGUUGUAGAACUUCUUGGGAGAAGGCGAGGACAGAUGUUUGACAUGCAAGGUCUUGGGUCAGAAGGAACAACUCUGGUGAAAUAUAAGAUUCCAACCCGGGGCCUCCUUGGUCUGAGAAAUUCCAUUCUUACAGCAUCUCGAGGCACAGCAGUUCUUAACACUAUAUUUGACGAAUAUGGACCAUGGGCUGGUGAUAUAAGUACCCGUGACCUGGGUUCUCUGGUUGCUUUUGAGGAUGGAACGACUACAUCUUAUGCGCUCUCAAGUUCACAAGAAAGAGGACAGUUGGUCAUUGGCCCUGGAGUCGAUGUCUAUAAAGGACAAAUAGUAGGAAUUCAUCAGCGCCCCGGUGACUUGUCCCUCAAUGUCUGCAAGAAAAAAGCUGCAACAAAUAUCCGUUCCAAUAAAGAACAAACAGUGGUUCUCGAUACCCCACUGGAUUACAGUCUGGAUGACUGCAUAGAGUACAUUCAAGAAGAUGAGCUGGUUGAAAUUACUCCCAAAAGUAUUCGAAUGUCCAAAAACCCGAAGAUGGCAAAGAAGGUGCGGUGAAAGUUACUUCCAGACUAACCGAGAGAAUUCUCUGGCAUUUGGUAAUGCAACUACAAACACGGCACAUCUUGCUCCAUCAAUACUAGAAUGUUUUGGCAUCCUCCGUUCUGAAGACCUACAAUUUUUGAUUUUUCAGGAUAAAGUCGAAGGUUUUCAUACUUUAUACAAUAAUGAGUUUUGUUAAUCCUGAUUUGCAGGAUAUUGUAGUAACAAAUGCGUACUUUUUCCUUUGCAAUUUAUUAUAAUGUAGGUAAAUAUAAAUGUUCCUAGAAAAUCACGUUCCCGUUUAUUACAACCUAAAAGGUCAUGUACCUGUGUACAAUGUAAAAGUGUACCUAUUUUUUUUUUUUCCCUAA